AUGGACCGAGACAGCCGGGAGCUUCAAAUGCUCCAAGAUAUUGCCAUCAUUGAAACCGUCGCCUUUUCUGUGAAAGAAGUAAGACGCCUACUCAGUCAAAGAAAACCUGGUAAGUCUCCUGGACCCGACGGAAUUCCUGGGCUGAUGCUUAAGGAGCUAUCAACGGAGCUGUCAAAGCCUCCUUUGACUCUCUUUGAGCUGUCAAUGAGAACAGGAAGGUUGCCUUCACAGUGGAAAACAGUUAACCUCGUUCCCUUGCAUAAGGGAGGUAGCAGGAUGACAGUAAGCAGCUUUAGGCAAAUUAGCUUAACUUGCCUCCCUUGAAGCUCUAAUAAAGAGCGCUAUGCAGCAAUUUUGUGAAGAAAAUAACAUCUUGCAGGAUUUUCAACAUGGCUUCCGGAGAGGACGUUCCUGCCUCUCAAAUCUGCUAGCUUGUCUGGAGAUCUGGACCAGGGCUCUAGAAGAGGGUUUUGAGAUCGAUGUCGUGUACAUCGAUUUCCGCAAAGAUUUCGAUACUGAUCCGCACCAACGUCUUCUUCACAAAUUGAGCGCCAUCGGCAUCCGGGGAGAUCUUCUGAACUGGAUUAGGGCGUUUCUUGUUGGUCGGAAACCACGUUUGUGUAUUGGAGAUGAUAUGUCAGAAUGGGUGAACGUGACCAGUGGUGUGCCUCAAGGCUCAGUUCUGGGACCAUUGUUCUUCAUCCUUUAUGUUAACGACAGCCUUCAGGGACUCGACUGCGGCAAAAUAAUGUUUGUCGACGAUGUUAAACUCUGGCAAGUCAUUAAGGAUGCGAAUGAUCAGAGUUCCCUUCAAGAUAAUCUGCACCAACUGCAAGCGUGGUCGAAAAAAUGGCUUCUAAAUUUCAAUGUGGAAAAGUGUGCCGUCCUUCAUCAGCGUCCAACCAACUCUCAUUCAAAUGAGAGCCUGAGGGCGUAUCACCUGAAAGAUAUAAGGCUCCCUGCAGAAUCUUCACAGAGGGAUCUCGCGGUUUGGAUGCAGAACAACCUGAAACCAACACUGCAGUGCCACAAGGCUUCAAAAACGCCAUGGGAGUGCUGCAUGCAAUAAAAAGGGCUUUCGGAACCUUUGACCAAGACCUUUUUGGGAGAGUUUACGGCAAUUUUGUUCGGACCCACUUAGAAUAUGGCAUACAAGCGUGGCGAGCAUGGCUAGUAAAGGACUAAGCAUGCCUCGAACGGGUACAACGACGUGCAACAAAGCUGGUAAACAGUCUAAAAAGCCAAUCCUACACAGACAGGCUGAAUUGCCUUAAUUUAUUUCCUCUGUGUUACAGGCAGCAAAGUGCUGAUCUUAUACUCGUCUACAAGAUGAUGCAUGGCCUUGAGCAUGGACUUAAAUUUGAGGACAUGUUUCAGUGGCACCUUUCAUCCAACCUUCGUGGCCACUCGAUGAAGUUACGGACAACAAUGUCCAGGCUGAAUCUUCGUUUUGAAUUUUUCACGCAGAGGGUAGUGGAGAAAUGGAACGAUCUUCCAGAGUCAGUCGUGGAGGCAACGUCUCUGCAACUCCUCAAGAAACGCUUGGAUGAUUAUUUGUGUCCCCUGUUUUCCCUCGAAUGUCUGGAUUUGAACAAAUACCCCACGACCCCGCAAAUAAUUUCUCUGAUACAAUGCUACUCAAAUGAAUCAAUUACUAUUUUAUUAGCGAUAUUUUUAUUGUUCGUGUACAGUUAUUUCUAACGAGCUGACAAGUACUCAAUAGGGUUUUCAACGGCUUUGCCUAUCAUCCUUAUCACAUAAACUGAAAUAAACCGAAAAAAGCUGAACGACUGCGCUCGCUCAGUCGUACUUCGCCGAUACUAGUUACGCUUUUCUCCUUGAUAGAAGUCGAUUUUAUCUUGUCGAAGAGGAAGUCAACUGGAGAAUUCUGCCGUAAUUUGCAAUGCUCCGUCUCGCCUGACCUCACACCAAUCCAGCGAAGACUGAAGUAAUUUAACUUGUCAAAAGCCAACACCGAGUUGACGACACCUAUUGUCAGUUUGAAUAAGUCUUUUGCAACACCAUCUGCGGCCUCUGCACGUCACGGCAUAGUCAAUUGCGUAGGAAGUCCGACUACUCUUGAUGCUGAGAUCUUUAAACACACCAAAACAUUUGGUACAAACACGCCUCUAACGACUCCCCCAGCAACCCCUAGCGAGCCUAAGCAUGUGCCUAAGUCAAAGGUGAAUCCAAUUGUCGUCUCAGCCACUCGGACACCCGAUAAAUCCAUCUGCAUUAUAAAAAUCUUUUCUUCCAUAAUCGGCUAGCAGUGCCUCAAACACCCCGACUCAAAACGUAGCGUGUAUCCAACUGCCCCCCAGCCCUCAUAUCAAAGUAGUUAUGCCGAAUAUGCCGACAUUCCAGCCUUUUAAUAGAACUCUUGCUCCAAUGGAAGCGAUGCGCCCCCCACCCCCUAACACUGUUUCCUCCACGACCGUAUCACCAAUGCAUUCAUUAUGCUGAUGUUCAUGUUGGAUCAGUUAAAUCAUCCGCUCCUGAAUUCCGUUCCGGCGGGAAUACAAUGCGGUAUCUGGCCCGUGUAUUUCCAGCUGAAAAUGAGUUAGCUAUCAAUCGUUACACGCUUCCCUGCCCGUAAUUUCCUCCCACAAGUCCUACUCCUUUCUAUCCGCGUCAGAAUUUUUAGAUGCCACAAAAUAUUUUGCAGAACCGGAUGGGUACGUCCGGACCGUGUGUUCCGGGGGUGGCAAAGCGAUGGACGCCGUAGCCCACCUCCCUCAGAAACAAACAACCUUUCCCAUCAAACUUUUUGUUCUGCACGCCGGAUCCUUGCUAAAUAAAGUGCGUUUGCUUCAGACUGGUGUUCGUCCAUUGUCCAGAUGCUGUUUUAGUAACUGAGGCGUGGGCAUCAGCCUCCGUAGCAGACUCAGUACUCACUAUUCUAGGCUAUACUUGCAUUCGAAAUGAUCGUCAACACGGCCGUUGUGAAUGCAGCUGCGUCUACGUUAAGCAAACACUUACAUGUGUGCCGCUGGACCUCCCGCAUUUUUCCGCAGUAGAAGACAGCUGCUGGCUCCAGGCUUCACUAAAAAAUAAGUUAUCCUUGCUCGUCAGCUGUGUUUAUUGCACUCCUAACGCCAACGACAAUUUUGAUCGUUUACUCUCACAGGAAUUUCAUGCUGCGACAGACUUAAGCUUUGAGUAACAAUUAGUUGCGGGUGACUUUAAUCGUCCUUAGUUCCGCUGGUCUCCGCCUUCAGGCCUCAGAAGGUUCGAAGACUUUCUUCAGGCUGUGGAUGUUGGGAUGUGGAAUCAGGUUGUCGAUUUUCCCACCAGAUGAUCAAGCAUACUCGAACUAAUUUUCUGUAAAGGCUGCAUGCCUUCGUCAGUGUCAUCCCUAGGCCCACUAGGGGGCUCAGACCAUGACAGAGUUGCUUCAACGUUGGAAAUCGAGGCUGACAAAACGUUGUCCACAAAGUAUAGCUUUUUCCGCUAUUUCCGAUCAAAUCGCUCGACCGAAUAACUAACGCACCUUAAUUCCUUCGACUGGAAUGAUUUCCUCCUUAGUUCCAAUGUACAUGUUGCCGCUGAAAAACUGUACGAAAUUUUGGAUCCGCUCAUUUCUCAUUUUGUCGCCUGUUAGAAAAUUAUUAAUGUGGGGGAUGAGGUUUUCCUACCCUUAACCUUUCGUUGCAGGUUGCACUGACUUUCUCGUCAAUUCCAACUUCAGAACGACGUUUCUGUUUUUCCCUUGAUUUGUGAUUUUUUGAGCAUGCUAAAUGAUCGUCUGCAGAAAAACGGUUAACCGAAGAGGUCUAAUUCGCUGAAAACUUUUCGUUAAAUAUCUGGAAACAUUUUUCCCGCAAAGUACGAACUCAAAGAGAGACGUAGCAUCGCACCCUCCGAGACACCGUCGAGAAUCCUAUAGUUAAUGCCCAGUUAACCGCUGAUAGCUUCAAUGAUUUCCUGUCCAAAACGUUUAUUGAAGACUCGACCACUCCGCUUCCGACCAUCCAGGCAUUGACCGGGGCAGUUCUCGAAACUGUAAAUUUCUUUUUAUGUAUUGUACUACGCAUAUAUGUAUGUACGGUGCUUUCGCAGAUUUGUACUCAAAAAUAAAAUUGCUGGCAUUUACGAUGUUAUCGGGUCACAUUUUAAUCGUAAGCCUAAAGUAAUGCUAAAGGUCACUUUAAAUUAGUGCGGAAGGACUGUAUAUGACAGUUUUUACAAAACUGCCUGUGCACAAUCAUGCUGUUAAAGCCGAUUUCUGUCAAAAACUAGACAAACAAGUUUUCUUCUAAACACACUAAUUGUGUCAGCCGUCAUCAUCUCGCUAGGAAGCGAGUUCCAGGGUCGGACAACCCGAUGACUGAAUGAAAAUCUUCGACGGUCUAAACGCGUGCGCUCAUUCCCGACUUUGUAGGCAUGACCGCGUAGUUGGUUUUUACGACCGAACUCAAAGAAGUCCUCUGCUCUAAAUGAACAACUCUGGCUGCGGACCAUCCGGAACGUCCAAAGUAGAUUGCAGUUUAUUUGUCUAUAAGAUAGGGGGAAAAAGCCAAGCAAAUUCAACCUCUCCUGAUAAAAUUAAUGCUUUAGACCGUCGACCAUCUUUGUCGCUCUGCGUUACACCUGUUCGAGUAAGUCGAUAUCCUUUCUCAUCCAUCGUGAAGCUGCUGGCAUUCCAUACUCUAGAUGAGGUCUUACAAAGACACCAAAGAGUCUUUCAAAGAGUUCGGGAGGAAAUAAUGUAAAUGCGCGUCUGAUCCAGUAGAGAGUACUAGUUGCCUUACAGACCAUCUUUCUACAGUGUUCUGAUGGCGAUAGAUUUGUGGUCGUCCAAACAUCGGGAUAUUUGUGUCUUUCCUCAGUAUCUAACCUCGUCCCGUCAAUAUAGUACUGGUGUUUGGGAAAGGCAAUGCGGCCGGUGUUGAGCUAAAAUACAACGCAUUUGGACACGUUUAACUUCAAAAUUCGUCCGUUCGACCAAGCACACAGUUUGUCGAUUUUCGAUUGCAACUUCUCUGCGUCAUCAUCGCACUUGACUUCAUUUCAUAUUUUUAUGCAUCCGCGAACAUGAGGGCCUCACAAUGCACUUCGAUGAUGCUGUCAUUAACAUAAAUCAGGAAGAGUACUGGGCCAAAGAUAAAUCCCUGUGGGAUACCACUUUCAACCUUUGCCCAUUCCGAGGUAGAAUUAUUAACGACGACUCUUUGUAGUCUGGAGGUCAGAUGACUCCUGAUCCACUUAAACAUUCUUCCUUGAAUUCCUACAUCCCAGAUGUUCUGUAAAAGAAGCCAGUGUCGGACACUGUCAAAGGCCUUCUUGAAGUCAAAAAAUAUGAUAUCCACUAGAAAACCCUUAUCGGUAGCUAGUGUCCAUUUCUCGUGCGAGUAAAGAACCCUCAUUAGUCAGGAGAGCCCUGGACGUAAGCCACAUUGGGCAUCACACAAUAUUUUGUUCUUUCCAAGUAUUUCAGCAAGUGUCUUUCGAUAAUGCGUUCCGUUAUUUUACACGCAAUGCAAGUAAGACCGACCCGAUGAUAAUUUCCGCAGUCAAGUCUUGACCCUCCUCUAUGGAUCGGAGUAAUGAGUGCGCACUUCCAUUCUUCCGGGAGCUCACCGUCUUCAAAGGACUUUUGAAAUAUUGCGGAUGAUGGUUUGCACAGUUCACUAGCAAGGUGACGAAGUGCUAGUGCGGGAAUUCUGUCCGGUCCAAGCGAUUUGGCGGGUUUCAACCGGAGUAGUUCGGCCUUAACUAUGGUCGAUGAAAAGAGUGGUUCCUCGGUUAAGCAGGGUAGGGAGGGGUUAGGAGGGGAAAGGGUACUAGGAGGAGAGGUUGGUUAGCGAACGGACAGAUGGGCAAAUAUAGAACUAGGUUCUCGGGUAAGGACGGACUAAAAGAAGUCGGAAAGCAGGGACGCUUUAACCUGGUCAUCAGUCUCCACUUUUCCAUCUCCUCCUGAGUUCUUUUAGUACUUCGUAUAUAUAUACUCUAUGGCAUGUGGCUGUCGCGAUUUGGCGAUUCGUGGCGCAGAACCUGAUGGUGUUCCAGUAAGCACUUUGAAAGCCGAUACAAAUACGAUUUUCCCAUCCCUCUUAUGCAAGAUAUUUAAUCUCGCUCUUGAAAGUGAAACCGAAUCUACCUUGUGGAACGGAUAACACAUUUUGCCCAUUUCCAAGCAUGGCCAAUCUACGUCAUUUGAUGACUUUCGGCCAAUAACCACCCUCCCUGCAGUUCUGAAGAUUUUAGAGACAUUGCUUAAAGAUAAGAUGAUAUGUCACUUAACAGGGAAUAACCUACUGAGAGUUGCUCAGCAUGGAUUACUCGAAGCUCGGUCUUGUGACACCUUUCAACUCUCUUUCUUUGACAAUGGACUCCAAUCUAGGGACAGCGGUUUUGCACUUUACACAGUGCAUUUCGACUUCACUAAGGCUUUUGAUCCUGUUGACCAUACUCUUCUUCUAUUGAAACAGUCCUCUUUCGGAAUAGGUGACAAAAUUUUGAAUUUUAUAGCCUCUUACCUGGUUCCCCAUCGGUUCCGUAAAAUAACCCUGACCUUCUUACCGACGCUCUGAUACCCCCUUACUGACCGCAAGUUCGUUGUGUGCGUGCAUGCGUGUGUCUGCGGGGUAGAGUGUAGCGGUGUUCAGUUGUGGUUUCUCGCGAUGGUUGUAGUAUAUCGCUCGCUUGGUUGCAGGUGUAGACUACACCUGGCGUCCACUGACUGGCACCCAACUCUCACCUGUGGCUUCGGGAAGUGCAGCUCGGCCUAGAAACCAUACCCCGCUAACCGUUUCGACCGGCAGGCCAAACCAGGCGAGGUUAUCCGUGCGUGCAUCACCGCACACUGUUAGUCGGUUCCGCUGGUUGGGUGGACCAUCACCUCGGCAUCUCCGAGACGAGACUUCGUCUGUAACGCCAUAGGAGGCCACAAGGUAAGUGACCUCCAGGUAAGCGAACAUUGCUCUAUUGGAUUGCUUUUUGUCUGCUUGCUUGGUUUUAUCCUUAUUUAAGGUUAAUACCGUUCUGUAUAAUUUUUCCGCUCACCGUUUACAAUUCAGCAACCACUAAGAUUAGAGAGGGAUGAGAACCUCCGCUUCCUGUCUAUCUUCCCUUCCCCCUCCCCUUCCACCAUUCGAAUGUCAUACGGCGAGGGCGACAGCGGUCACAUAGGCGGUCAGGCUAACUCGAGUCGUCCUCCCACUAAUUAAAGUUAUAGCCCAUAGUGGAGUUCGGCAGCCGUCUGGGAAAACUGAGGAACCCUAUUUAGGCGGAACAAUGCUUACCCCGCAAGAAAAAAUACCCUAGACAAAUGUUGGAAUCACGUCAUCUACGCGCUAACCGUGGCUUGCAGACGAAACACACAUGGUUGGAACAACCAAACUCGAAACCAUGCUCUCUUUCUCUUUUCUUUAUUCCUUCCGCCUCACCCUACAGACUAGUAGGCCUAGCCUGCUCACUCUGGCAGCCUGGAAUGUUCGUUCUCUUUUAUGCAAUCCUAGUAGUAACCGACCGGAACAGACGACAGCGCUAGUGACUCGGGAACUGGCGCGCUACAAGUUGGACACCGCUGCACUCAGCAAGAACCGGUUCUCCAGAAAAGGUCAAUUGGAGUAGGUGGGUGUCGGCUACACCUCAUUUUGGAGCGGUCGCUUCAAGUCAGGACGACGGACGUAGGCGUCGCCCUAGUCAUCCGGAACGACAAUGUAGGUCGAACGCCCUAUCUGCCGGAAGGCAUAAACAAUCGCCUGAUCACCCCUCGCCUGCCUCUCCAGGGAGGAAAAUGCGCCACCAUCGUCAACGUUUACGUCUCCUGAUGACCAGUCUUGACAGGAGAAGAAGCAAAUUCUAUGAGAGUGUGCACAUCCUCCUGGCGAAUGUGCCGAAGGCGAAUGAGUUAAUUGUUCUUGGUGACUUCAACAUCAUCGUCGGCUGGGCCCUCAUGGUCGCCACGGCUUCAAUGACAAUGGUCUGCACCUCUUACGAACCUGCGCAGGACGUUGGCUCACUCUGACUUACACCUACUCCCGUCUUCCUAUGCGAGAGGAGGCCAUAUGCAUGAACCCUCGGUCGCGACCUUGGUACUUGCUGGACUGCACCCUCCUGCUGAGGCGAGACCAGCGGGACAUGCUGGUGACAAAGACGAUUACGAAUUUUGACGAGUAGACCGACCGUCGUAUCGGCAUCUCGAAGUCGGCUACAGCCUCUCAGGAGAUCUCAAAAUUAACGACCUCCAGGUGAGCUAAAUAUAGCUUUGUUGUCUUUGCCUGCUCAUUAUUCCAGACAAUCUUCCAGUCGCUGCCGCCGCCGCCGCCUCUCCGUUGAGAACCGAUGGUGUCAGCAGCGGGAUAAAGUUCCGUCGACGGCCUUGGUUGUCCUCGGUCACACACGAGGCCAACAUCAGGACUUCUUCGAUGACAACGACGCCGCAAUUAGCCACCUGCUUGUCGAGAAGAACUAACUGCAAAUCGCCUACGUCAACCGCCCAAUUGACACCAACAAAGCAGACCUCUACCGUGUCCACCGACUCGUGAAGCAGCAGCUGUACGAAAUGUCGUAGGCCUGGUCGGCUCGCAAAGUCGGGGAGAUUCCAGGGUACGUGGAUUUCAACGAAUGAAAGAACGUCUUCGCUGCGAUCAAGGCUGUCUACGGUCCCCCAGACUAAGGCACCGUUCCUCUUCUUAGAAUCAACGGAACCAUCCUUGUCACCUAGAAGACGCAAAUUCGGCGAACAUUUCCGCACACUGCCCGACUGCGCACAAGCGUUUGAAAUCCUCAGACACAAAAUUAGAUGAAACUGGUUAACUUUCAAAGAUUUUUAUACGUCUAUACGUCAUUUAUGACCCAAUUUUAUAAUGUGCCUGUAAAAACACAAACAUUCCUAUACAUACUCCACUAUAAACCAUGACUGAAGUUUAAUUUAUCGUCUAUAAAUUAGAUCUUUCGGCUAUCAUGCGUUUUCAGAAAUUUAUCGAGAAAUUAUCCGCAAUAUAUCCCACAUGGGUAACCAAAACCAACAACUCAAAAAUUAAUAUACUCGUGUAGCCUAGACAACCGCAUAGCCAUUACAAAAAGACUUCACUCAGGAAGCAAAAUAAACCCGUAUUAGUAAAAGUUUACUCACGGACCGAAGCCGAGCUAGUACUACAAAUCCCUGAGGUAUACAGACGUCUGCGGAACCUAAACUCAUUCAAAGGUCCAGAUUUAACAGACAUGCACAGAUGUUUAUUUCAAGGAAAGGACGCCGGGUAUAAACACGUCAAUCAGCGUCCCGCCCCACCAACUUAACAUUAAGCAAGAACUUCUAAUUCUGGCACCAAUCAAAAGAAAUGCACAGCCCAGUCUGGACAAAACGAUAAAUGUACCACCCCGUUAGGCGAACCUCCAGUGAGUGCGUGUGACACUACCAACCAUUUUAAAGACGCGUAACUUCAAAAGCAUCUAGGACCGCAUCUGGAGUUUGCUAUUCAAGCAUGGCGACCCUGGACAGCUAAAGACUUGGGCAUACUUGAAAAAGUUCAACGGUAAGCAACGAAACUUGUAUCUGGGCAGUGGUCACUACCCUACGAAACGCGAUUAGCUAAUCUAGACCUCUUUCCUUUGAGUUACAGACAGCUACGUGGGGCCUGAUACAAGCUUUCCGCAUCGGGCGCAAUCAAGGCUGCUGUCUCGCGUUUGGAAACUUCUUCGAGUUGGCGACUACGACUAACCUAUGAGGCCAUCCACUCGAACUGCGUGUGGCGGGUGCCCGGCAAGACACCCGAAAGUUCUUCUUCUCCAACAGAGUGGUUGCAGCUUGGAAUGCCUUGCCUGAGGAUGUUAUUAUGUCGGGCUCGGUAGAUACUUUUAAAUGGAGACUAGAUCAGCAUUGUAGCGCGCACCACAAUAACGCCGGACUACGGCCACCUUGACAGCCAACGCUGUCAAUUUAGUGUUAUCACGAAGCUACUACCAACAUUUAAGUAAUAUAUGUUUAUGUGAUUUAUUAAGCUUGGGCCACGUCGCACACCACUGUUCGCAUUCACCACGAUGCCUGUAGACAAAACAAUUUUACUUCUUUUCCCGCAUUUUAAGUGUGCCUUAACUGUCCGCUGUAUUUGAUCAACAAAGCAAAUUAAUGUGCCUCCAAACUCUGUUAACGCAUGACAUUAUGUGUUCAUCUGCACAGUGUUUGCUAUUCCCCUUGCAUUUCUUUCAUGUUACUUCCUUUCCAUCUCCUCCAUAUAUAUCCUCUGCAUGUAACCAUUAGGGACUUUAAAGGUACACACCUACUUUCCCUGAAAUAUACUGAUACUGAUACUGACUGGUAGGCAGAAACAAACAAAGGAGACACAUCAGGAUACCAACACCAUACCGGAGGAGAAGGAAUACGUAGAUCCCGGACCCAGUCACGUGACGCCGUAGGAUAGUAAUAUGAGUUUCACUGCGGUACCCACAAACGAUCAACCAGUAGAAGGAACUGACCACCAAGCAAUACUUACAAUCCAAAAGGCCUUUUUUGUGUACACCAGCACAAGGAAAACGACCUAAGUAUGUAGAUAUAACAAAUAGGAGUUUUACAAACCCCAACCAGAAACAAAUAAUUUUCUCCAUUCGCACCUUCACUCCCUAAUAUCCACCUACAUGGCAUAGAAAUAAGCAAAACCACUCCAUCAUUUCAAUUUCCUUAACACCUAAUAAUAAUCCCACAAAUUACUUAAGCCUACCUAAUUCCCGGACUCAAACCUCAUUUAGAUACGAUUACCACCCAGUUAACCCACCUCUCCAUACGUAUUCUCAACCCAUACACCCCGACUUCAUGCACUCAAACUCCACCAUACGCAUCACCAUAUCCUCCAAGAGCUGCCCAGUUCCCUCCCUUUAGCACAUCACUCAACCAAAGUACCCUCGGAAAUCCGUUUUUUCACCACAUCCUACCUCUCCCAUAUCUGACAUCCUAUGUACAACCCUUUUAACUGCGAGAUCGAUUAUCCCGAAAAUAUUACAAUUUAGAACUUGCGUUGAAAUAUAUGACUCCGACAUACUUUGUAUUCCAGAGGCAUGUGCCAAUGAACUAAUAUCGAAUGCUUCGCUAUAUGUCACAAAUUAUAAUUUUCAUUGACAGGAUCGUGUAAGUAGACGAGACGGAGGUUGUCUGACCUACAUCAAACUACAAUUAAACAAAGCAGUCUAGAUGUUUCAACCGAAACAUCCUCUGGUUAAGCAUGCUUUGCUGCCAUUUAAUCUCAGAAGGACGAAAACAUAUAGUUGCAUGCCCCUGCUUCCCUCCAGAAUGUAGUUAUGACGACGCAGGCCUCAGCCAUCUAAGAGACAACAUAUUUAACAUAAAAACCGAAUAUGAGAUGAUUGCGUGUGACUUGAACCGCCCAAAAUUAAACUGGGUCAAAUUAUCAGCACCUUCUUGGCACGAUAAAUUGUUAUCUUCAAUUACUUUUCAAACUGGACUCAUAUAGUCGACAAACCUACUGGAGGAAGCAACAUACUGGACGUUAAUUUCACCAACGAUAUCUGACCUCUCUAUACGCAUUACCACUGCGUAACCUUUGAAAGUGGUCACAAAUUAAUAAUAUCGAUGCUUCCCCCAAACACAAAACCAGCGCAUGAUUUUAGUAACCGUCACAGAAAUCUCAACAUCUUGACGAGGACUCCGUGAACAGCUAUAUAAGGUCAUCAAAUUGGAGCCCAUUCUUCUAACAGCACCCCCUAUGUAAGCAGUCAAUCUCUCAUACGCUGCCCUAUGUGUGAUUCAAGAUAAAUUGAUAGAAGAAAGAUCCUCGCAUAAGAAGUCAUUAAUCCCAAACUUUCUUAACAUGAAGCUAAAAAAGUAAAAAACGCAACCACGCAGCAUCUCCAUAAGAUAUCCGUCAACACUCCGACGUAUAAGAAAAAUUCACGACCUAGUUACCAUAGUGGAAAUGCAAAGAAUUAAAGCAGCAGAACGCAGGUCAUUAGAGUCCCCUAAACGAACAGCUAAAAGUUUUUAAAAGCAGAUGAAUAUUUGCCGGAAGUCUCUACCCAGAUCUACCAUUGAUUAAUCAGGAUAAGUUAUAACAAAAGACAACCGGAUAGCAAACUUGUCCAACAAAUACUUCUCAAAAAACUAUACAGUCGAUGACGAACCGAUCCCUCAACCGACCGAGAUGACAGAACACACCAUUAAUGAGGUCUGAUCUAGUGAAGAAGCAGGUAAAGUAGCGACAAAUCAACUAUCCAACGCCAAUUCCUGCGUGACGGACAAAAUCCCUCCAGGCAUUCUGAAGCACACGACAUAUGCUCCCCUUUCUCCAAUCAGGUGCAAUUUCUCCAGACGUCUGGAAAUAUUCGAGCAUUACAUCCACUGCGCCCGCGGCAACGUCGCCAAAGCCAAACGCGAAGCUUGCAAAUUUCAACUGCGCCCACUCGCAAUGCCUACGUUCAACCUCCCUGACCUGCCCACGAUGCCAGCGGACGUUCCGGCCACCAGUCAGCCUUAUAGGACAUCUUCGUAUCAACGGCGACACCCGGCCUGCACCAGCUACUGUCUCCCGGUCCAACAAAUUAUCAUCAUCGACGUCGACCACCAACGCUGUCCGCACACAAGAAACCCCGCGGCUAUCGUUGUCGUCGUCGUCGUCGUCGUCGUCCUCGUCCUCCUCCUCAUCCUCCUCGUCGUCCUCCUCCUCCUCCUCCUCCUCCUCCCCCUUCUACUACUACUACUACUACUACUACUAA